CUCCACAGCCCAUAGAUGAUAAUCUCGCUGGAGGAGAUCUCAAAUCUCAAUCCCCUCUUCAUUCCCCGAAGUCGAACUCAACACUCCGCUAGGGCUCUUCCUAGUUCCCCCUCGUUGCAUCGUCCCUCCUACCUCGAUCUCUUCUUCGAUCACUCCACUACCAUCGACAAAACCCUAAUCGCGAUGAGGUCGAUCGCGGCGGCGGCGGCGGGGAUGGCGCGGGCGCGGCUGAGGGCGGCGGCGCGCGCGCGGGGAGGCGGCGGCGGCGAGGGCGCGGGGCGGUGGACAAGCCCGGGCACGGAGGAGGGCCCCAGGGGAUACCUCUUCAACCGCACGCCCGCGCCCCCCGGGGAGUCGCGGAAAUGGGAGGAUUGGGAGCUCCCCUGCUACAUCACCUCCUUCCUCACCAUCGUCAUCCUCGGCGUCGGCCUCAACGCCAAGCCCGAUCUCACCCUCGAGACCUGGGCCCACCAGAAGGCCCUCGAGCGCCUCCAGAAGCAGGAGCAGAUCGCCGCCGCCGAAGCUGAGUGAUCGGCCGCUCGGAUCGGCCCCUCUGUUUCUCCGGGUCACGGUACGGAACAUGUUCUGGGGUCACCUCUUUGUUUCCUUUUGUGAUGAUGGAGUAUAAUUACAGUUUAGAUCUAAUAAGAUGAUGGAACGUGUAAUUUGGAACAAUCUUGGUGACAAUACUCAUUAAUGCGUGUGUUUGCUGUUGCCAUAUGCAAAUUGAUCUUUAUAUUUAAAUUGUGUAUCUUUUUUCUUUGGAGUUGAAUGGAAGAGAAUGAUGUGUUUUACACAUA